AUGGCCACUUUAAACCCUUUUGGGCUUCUGGGUGAUGACGACGCUGAAGACCCAUCGCUGCUUCUUGCUGCCCAGAAGAAAGCUCCGGCGCCGGCGCCGGCGCCGGCGCCUGCACAGUCCAAGAAAGAUCCAGCUAAGGUGAAACCCGAGGCUAAGCUGCCAACUAAGCCAGCUCCUCCGGCGCAGGCUGUGAGAGAGUUGAGGAACGAAGGCACUCGUGGAGGCCGUGGUGGCUUUGGCCGUGGUGGUGGCCGUGGUGGCGGCCGUGGGUACAACCGAGAACCAUUUGAUAGUGAGAAUGCAUUUGGAAACAACAAUGGCUUUUCCGGUGGCUACAGUAAGCCUUCUGAGGAUGGAGAUGGUGGAAAGGCUCCUUCUGAAAGGCGUCCUUAUGGUGGACCCCGCGGGGGCUUCCGUGGUGGUCGUCGUGGUGGUUUUAAUAAUGAGGAAACUGCUUAUGGCCGGAGAUUGUACGAGCGUCGCAGUGGAACUGGGCGCGGGAAUGAGUACAAACGCGACGGUUCUGGGCGUGGAAAUUGGGGGACGCCCACUGAUGAGAUUAUUCCGGAAACUGAGGAACCUAUAAAUGAAGUGAAGAAUGUCGAGUCUGAAAAGGAACCAGGGCAAGAAGAUGCUGGUGAUGCUAACAAGGAUGCUCCUACUAAUGAACAGGAAGAAGCCGAGCCCGAGGAGAAGGAGAUGACAUUGGAGGAGUAUGAGAAGGUACUUGAAGAGAAAAGAAAGGCUUUAGUUGCUCUGAAAGCUGAGGAAAGAAAGGUCCACUUGGACAAAGAGCUUGAAUCAAUGCAACUUCUAUCCAACAAGAAGAAUGAUGAUGAAGUGUUUAUUAAAUUGGGAUCUGAUAAGGAUAAGCGCAAAGAGGCAGCUGAGAAGGCGAAAAAGUCUGUGAGCAUAAACGAGUUUCUGAAGCCUGCAAAUGGGGAGAAUUAUUACAGAGGCGGGCGAGGACGGGGACGUGGCCGUGGUGGCAGAGGAAGUGUUGGCAAUGAUCACGGCUUGCGGGCCCCAGCUAUUGAAGAUGUUGGACAGUUCCCUUUGCUCGGUGGCAAAUGA